AUGGCUUUAGAGGUCUUGAUUCUCCUUGCUGGCUUGUUUUGUGCUCAUGCUUGGGACAUCGAUGUAUUAUUAAAUUGUACCCAGGACUGGAUGAUGGUUUCUGUUAGUUCGGCUACCCAGAGCAGAACCUAUCCAUAUGUUUUCGCUGAUGAAUUAGUUCUGGGACAGGGCUGUCCUGCCACUGAAAUACAGCCACAUCAGUAUAGUUUUGUAUACCCUGUUUUUCAAUGUGGCAUCAGGACGAAGGUUAUCUCAGAGGAAACUGUUGGUUUUGAAACUGAGCUGUACUUUAUUCCAAGAUACAGUCGUUGUGAACCCGACAUGAUCCAUUUGUACUGCUUUGCAUCUCGGAAGUCAGUGGGGCUUCAUGAAGACCCCAAAAUUAUUAAGCUUCACUUCAUGGCUGACGUCAAAGUCCACGAGAAGAGUUGUGGUUAUUGAGUCAAUACCCUCCCUCCUCCCUGAAGAGGGGACAAGGACACUCCUGAGAUCAUAAAUUUUACUCUAAGACAAACCCAUUUUUUUUUCAAUAAGAAAAACAAUGUUGGAAUAAUUUUCUCCUUUGGUAUAUC